AUGGAUGCCAUUAAAAAUAAGUCCCAGUCGGCACCAGAUUUUCUAGUUAACCCUAUUAUCAACAUAUCAUAUCUUAUUAGUUUGCAACUUUUUUCUAGAUUAAUUACAUUUAUAUUGAAUCAAUUGAUUGUUAGAAUGGUUACUCCUGAGAUAUUUGGAUUUGAAAUGGUCCAGAUAGAAUUAAUUAUUUCUGCUAUCCUUUUUUUAUCUCGUGAAGGUUUUAGAGUAGCUUUACAACGUCAAGAUAUUUUGAAACAGAGCAAAGAGAGAGAAAUUGUAAACAGUAAAAAAGGGGUUAUUGAAGAUGAUUAUCAAAAUGUUAUAAAUCAGGGAUCGGUUAAUUUGGCUUAUAUUCCGAUUCCUAUUAGUAUUCUAGUUUCUAUAAUAGUUUUUUUUUCUUAUAUACGGCUUGCUAAUGAUUCAACAAAAAAACAACUUAUUUUCAAAGGAUCUCUUUUUUUAUAUGCAUUUUCUGCAGUAAUUGAGAUUUUUGUCGAACCUUUAUUUAUUCUUGUGCAACAGAAUUUUUUAUAUAAAAUUAGAGCUAUUUCUGAAGCCUUUGCAAUAUUUAUGAAAUGCAUCAUAACAUUUAUAUUAGCAUAUUGGUAUACUUUGAAUGGUGACAUUAAAAACUAUGGCGCACUUCCAUUUGCUUUAGGACGACUAGGUUAUUUCAUUUUACUGUUAAAUCGCUCACAAAAAAAUUUGUGUUUUUUUCCGAAAAAGAUUUAUUCCCCAUAUGAUAAAAAGGUAUAUCUUUUCCAUCGACCUACUUUAAUAUUAGCAAUUACUAUAACUGCUCAAUCGUUGUUUAAAUAUAUCUUAACAGAAGGAGAUCGAAUUCUUGUAACAUGGUACAUGACGGAUUUUGAUCAAGGAGUUUAUGCAUUAGUUGUAAAUUAUGGGUCUCUUAUUGCAAGAUUAAUAUUUAAUCCAAUUGAAGAAUUGUCGAGGAAUCUUUUUUCAAAACUCUGUUCAAGAAAAGAUAAAGAUAGUUAUUUGUUAGCUCAGAGUAUAUUAUUUGCUAUUAUAAAAUUAUACAUAAUUCUUGGGAUAUUUAUUAUAAUUUUUGGUCCAUUAUAUUGUGUAGCUUUUAUAAAGAUAGUUGCAGGUUUAAAAUGGAGUAAAACACAUGCACCGUCUGUUUUGAAAUUAUAUAUUUUUUAUAUUCCUAUAAUGGCUAUGAAUGGAAUAACAGAAGCAUUUGUGCAAGCUGUUGCUACAUCAAAUGAUAUUAAAAGGCAAAGUUAUUGGAUGUUUUUUUUUUCUGGAUUACUUAUGUUUAUGGGAUAUUUUUUUUUAAACUAUUUUGAAUUGGGUGCAAAUGGUGUAAUUUUCAUUAAUAUGAUUAAUCUCAGUGCAAGGGCUAUUUGGUGUUCUGUUUAUAUUUAUCACUAUUUUGAGGUCUUAGUAAUUUCAUUAAUUUUUCCUUCAAAAACUGUUUUUUUUUAUUCUAUUUUUAUAGGCUAUUUUAUGCGAUUAAAAACACAUUCUAUUGUUACAAUAUCGGACAUGUUGAUUAGUAUAGUAAUUGCGGGUUCAUUACUUCUUAUAUGGUAG